AUGGUUGAAAAGCUAACAACAUCCGGUCGCCUAUCUCGCGUGGAAACCAAAUUUGCCUUCAUUGAAACUUCUGUGGGAAGUGUAUUUUGCCCUCUAGCUGCUGCAAUUCCUGCUACCGAACAUGUACCCAACUUUUCAAAUCGUUAUGCAGUUGGAGAUAUGACUGAUAAUGGAUGUGGAGAAUCUAUCUCGCAAGAUCCACCUACGGCCCUAUCUGUCUCGAAAACCAGUCUACUGACCAAUCAGGUUGUUCCGCAUAAAACUUCAAAGCAUCUGACGUUGGCAUUUGGCGUUAGCGAUACUCAUGGAUCUGUUUUCAUACCUGGCGCAGCAUUUUCUGCGCAGGAAGUUACCCGAUUGAAUUCGUACUUGAGCAUUGGUAAGUGCACUGCAAAUACCUUCCAAAAAUUUUGUUUAGCGAAGGUUGCAAAGAUUAAAUCGUAA